AUCUGAUGAGUUGUGUUCCGAGUGAGCAGAUGGAGUCGAGAUGGCUCGCUCUAGUUAUGUUGGCGUUUUUAACGUUAGGAGCUUGUGGGUAUUGUGAGUGUUGCUUGGAGGAAGAACGAGUCGCCCUCUCCCGACUCAAACCCUUCUUCCCUUUCAUUGAUUACACAAAUGAUGUUGCGGUCACCGGGUAUUAAGAUGCUAUCAAGAUUGAAUCAUUUAGAGACUUUGAAUUUAUCUAAUAACUUCUUCUUAAGUAACAAGAUCCUACCUCAAUUACAUGAUUUUACUUCUUUAAAAUCAUUGAAUCUACAGAAUUGUGGAUUAGAAGGAACUGUUGAUUUACUGGAAUUCAAUACUCUGGAGAAUUUAAAGGAAUUGUAUUUAGGCGACAAUGGGAUUGGGAGCUUGGGAUCUUCAUUCCAAGAAUUAAGGCUGACGAGUUUGGAAGUGCUUCAUUUACGGGCGAAUCCCUUCAACAAUAGCAUAUUGUCAUCUCUUGGUAGGUUUCCAAAUCUGAAAUCUUUGUCGCUUGGAGGCUCUGAAUUAAAAGGAACAAUAGAUAUUAAAGAGUUACGUGGUUUGAGAGACUUGGAGGAACUGGACAUCGUCUGCUAUUCAGGUUGUAGCCUUCCACUGCAAUCAUUUGGCUCAUUCCCAUCGUUAAAGACUCUUUCUUUGAGAAGCUUUAGUUUUAAUGAUACGACAAUGACAUCCGAUUCUCAAAACAGUACCGUUGGAAGCCCAGGAGAAUUUUCUUCUUUAAAACAUUUGGAGUUGUUCGGAUGUGAGAUCAGUCCAAAUUUCACUCUAGAAGUGUUUCAAUUGAAGAAUUUGGAGUAUUUAGACAUAUCAUAUACUCCACUUGGAAAUAACUUUCUUCAAAAAAUUGGUGCAUUGCCUUCUCUCAAGUUUCUUACCAUAAAGGGUUGUGGACUCAAUGGCACUUUACAUGUCCAAGCCUUUUGUGAUUUGACGAACCUCCGAGAAUUGGCUAUAGCCCACAAUAAUUUAACGGGCAAUUUAUCCGAGUGUAUUUCCAACUUCACGUCUCUCGAAAGUAUGGAUCUUGCUUCAAAUCAGUUAUCUGGAGAAAUAUCUGCCCUUGAGAGUUUAAAUUCCCUUAAAAGUUUAGAUCUUUCUUCCAAUCAAUUGUCGGGGGAUAUUGCAACCAUUAAGAACUUAACUUCCCUUGAAAGUUUAGAUCUUUCUUCCAACCAAUUUUCGGGAAAUUUGUCGAUCUUUCAGAGUUUAACAUCCCUUGUGAUGUUGAGCCUUUCAGACAAUUACUUUCGAGUCCCAAUCUCAAUGGAACCUUUCUUCAUCCUUCCAAAUCUCAAGGUUUUCUAUGCAGACAAUAAUAUCAUGUACGUUGAAAGCGAGAAACAAUCCUUGGUCCCAAGAUUUCAAUUGAAUCGGAUCGGAUUAUCUUGUUGCGGAGAUGUUGGGCAAUUUCCUGCAUUCCUCUACCACCAGCAUGGCUUGCAGAUUGUUGAUCUCUCGAAUGUCAACUUAAAAGGAGAAUUCCCAAAUUGGUUGUUGCAAAACAACACAAAUUUAGAAGGUUUAGGUCUUGCCAACAACUCUCUCCUGGGACCUAUAGAGUUAUCUUUUCUUCCACAUACAAAAUUACGGUGGUUAGAUGUCUCAAAAAAUUACUUCUAUGGCAAAGUUCCGACUGGGAUCGAGGCAAAACUACCAUCAUUGUCGUUUUUGAACAUGUCAAAGAAUCAUUUUCACGGCAGUAUUCCUGUUUCGAUUGGUGAUAUGAAUGACCUGCUAAGCUUAGACUUGUCUGACAAUCAAUUGUCCGGUGGACUGCCUGAGCAUUUGACCAUGGGCUGCUCUUCAUUGCGUUCCCUUAUUCUGUCAAAUAACAGAUUGCAAGGGCAGAUGAUGUCUUCAAAGUUUAAUCUCACAUAUUUGAGUGAGUUGCGUUUGGAUGGGAAUCAUUUCUGGGGGGAAAUCCCAGAUUCUUUGUCUAAUUGCUCUUGGUUGUUUAUAUUGGAUUUAAGCAAUAACCAGCUUUCUGGGGAGAUUCCGAAUUGGAUGAAGAAUAUGUUACAGUUGACAACCUUGGAUUUAAGCAAUAAUAAGAUUUCUGGUGAGAUUCCAAGGUGGAUGGGAAAUCUGUCAAAUUUGGAAGAUAUUGUGAUGGCGCAAAAUCAUCUUCAAGGUCCAUUCCCGGUGGAGUUUUGCAAUCUUAAUCUUAAUCUUAAACUUUUAGACCUUUCCGUGAACAAUAUUUCUGGGCAUAUUCCAUCGUGCUUCAGCCCAUUAUGGAUCAGCCAAGUUCGCCUAUCAAGAAACAAGCUACAAGGGCCACUCACAAAUGCUUUCCGAAAUAGCAGCAUCUUGGUGACAUUAGAUAUCAGCAACAACCACUUGACUGGAAAAAUUCCGAAUUGGAUUGGCAACCUUUCUCAGCUGAGCUAUCUUCUCUUAAACAACAACCAUUUUGAAGGUGGCAUUCCAUUUGAGUUGUGCAACUUGGAUCAAUUAAGCUUGAUUGAUCUUUCCAAUAACAAUCUUUCGGGUACCAUUCCGCCUUGCUUGAUGAUUACAACGCUUAACGAAGUAUCUCAAGAAUAUGUUCGUUACGUCGCUGCCGUCGCACAAGCUCCGAGUUCGUUCUCCAUCGAUAAUCCGAUACAGUUCACGACGAAAAACAACUCAUACUCUUAUAAGGGAAGAGUCCUUACAUACUUGUCUGGCAUAGAUUUCUCGUGCAACAAGUUGACAGGAGAGAUUCCCCACCAAGUGAACAAGUUCCAAAACAUAUUUACUUUGAAUCUGUCUCACAACAGCUUGAUAGGAUCAAUCCCACCGGCAUUUUCCGAUCUGAAGCAAAUCGAGAGCCUCGAUCUUUCCCACAACAACUUGAAUGGUACGAUCUCUCCACAACUCGUGGGCCUAUACCGCUUGUCUUAUUUCAGCGUGGCGUACAAUAAUUUGUCCGGAAGUACACCGGUAAUGACAGCACAAUUCUCGACAUUCGAGGAAAGCAGCUACAUUGGAAAUCCUCUUCUCUGUGGUAAACCGUUGUCGAAGAACUGCUCAACACCCGAACCAUCACCGUCUUCGUUGCCGAAGGGGUCGAGCGACGACAGCUUGAUCGAUAUGACCGCCUUCUACGCGUCGUUUGUCGCGUCUUAUGUCGUGGUGAUACUGAGUAUUGCGACUGUGCUAUACAUUAAUCCUUACUGGAGACGAGCAUGGUUCUAUCAUAUAGGGGAAAUCAGCAAAUGUUGCUACUAUUUCUUGGAAGAUCACAUUCUACCUAAGAGAUUCCUCAGGGGAAAUUAAUAUGUAAGAUUUCUCUACUCCCAGU